AUGGGGCAGCGCGAUCGGAUGUUCAAGGUGCUGGUGGUGGGGGACGCCACGGUGGGAAAAACAUCGCUGGUGCAGCGCUACGCCAACGACAGCUUCAACCGGCACUACAAAUCCACCGUGGGAGUGGAUUUUGCACUGAAGGUGGUUCAGUGGUCGGAGUCAGAGACGGUUCGGCUGCAGCUCUGGGACAUUGCAGGGCAGGAACGCUUCACGUCCAUGACCCGGCUGUACUACAGGGAAGCCUCAGCCUGUGUGAUCAUGUUUGAUGUCACCAACAUCAGCACUUUCAGCAACAGCCAGAAGUGGAAGCAGGACCUGGACAGCAAACUGGUGCUGCCAGAUGGGAGCCCUGUGCCCUGCCUGCUGCUGGCCAACAAGUGUGACCUUUCCCCCUGGGCAGUGACCAGGGAAGAAGUCGAUCGGUUCAGCAAAGAAAAUGGAUUUUCAGGCUGGGUGGAGACGUCUGUGAAGGAAAACAAGAACAUCAACGAGUCCAUGAGGGUUCUGAUUGAGAAGAUGAUGUCCUCAUCCACGGGAGAGGGAAGUUCUGCCUCUGCUGGGACUGGGGAUUACAUCAACAUCAAGGAGACCUCUCCUCCAGGCUGGGCCUGCUGCUAAAGCCAGCACGGAUGGGCUUCAUCUCACCAUCAUCAUCAUCACCAUCAUCAUCACCAUCUUCGUCACCUUUCCCUAAACUCUCACUGGUUUGGGGGAUUUUUUUCCCCUUGUGAUUUUGAAGUUUUCUCCUGCUCAGUGACAAUUUCCUCAGCAGACACUGCUGCAGUGACUUGGAGUGAGGAAUGGAAGGAAGAGGAGUGGGAAGAUUUCUCUUUUUUUUUUUCACAAUGGAAGCUUUGAUGGAGCUCAAUCCAUGUCCAAGCAGUGGCUUGGAUUACACUGAUUUUUAUUUUAUUUUUUUUUUUUUUUUAAAUUUUAAUUUUUGAGCACUUCCUCCUCUGGCAGUGCUGGGCUGUCAGAGAGAAUAUUUUUAAUUUUCUGCACCUUUAUCCCUGCUGUGACACCCUGAUCCCAGGUGGUGCCUGUGGAUUCCCAGACCAAACUGCUGCUCUGGAAUGAUGGAUCUGUGUCCUGCAGGGACCAGCACACCCCAUCAGUGCCACCACACAUCCCCAGGACGUGGAGCUGCACCUGCAUCAGCACUGUGAAAUUCUGGGGCUCAAUUUGGGGCAGCUGCAACAGCAAAACCCUCACCCCACCCUGGGCUCUGCCUGUGGAGCAAAGACCCCAAAUUUUGCUCAGGAGCUGCCAAAAAAUGGGAAUUUGGCUCCUGCCCUUCCCAUGUCCUGCCCAGCCCCUUUCUUUUUCUGCUGCCCCUUUAUUGGGGUGAGAGGGGGCUGUAAAUCCCUUUGUGUGCCCCACAAGGGUUCUUUGCACUUUUUUGGGACAGCCUCCAACCCCCCCACCCCAAAACUGCUUUUGGCAAUUGCUGCUCAAUUGCCUUCCCACCAUUCUCCUGCAGCCAGGAGGGAAUUUGGGAUAGGAAACAGCUCCCUAAAAAAAAAAAAAAACAACAAAAAAAAAAAAACCAAAAAAACAAAAAAAACCCCCUGCUGUUUUAGUGAGGAGGAAGAAAAGACUUUGUGGGAUAAAAGGAAAGGAAGGAACCACUCCCCAUUUCCCUUUGGUGCCACUUUUCCCCCCACACAUCCCAGAUAUUCGUGGUGGAAAGCAGUUCUGGCCCAAAAAAAAAAAAAAAUGGAAAAUUGGUAUAAAUUGAGGAGAAUUUAUAGAAAACCCACACUUCAGGGCUGGAGUUUUGUGUGUUUAAUUCUGUUUUGUGUGUUUAAUUUUACGUGUUUAAUUCCCCCAGACAUCCCAGAUAUUCGUGGUGGAAAGCAGUUCUGGCAAAAAAAAAAAAAAAAAAAAAAAAAAACGGUACAAAGUGAGGAGAAUUUUUAGAAAACUCACACUUCAAGGCUGGAGUUUUGUGUGUUUAAUUCUGGAUUUACUAUUCCAUGAUUCUCUGAUUGUACACAGUCACCUUGCCCAUGUUUUAGGUUUGUAUUUCAGCAAAUGGCCUUCAAUAAUUGUUAUUUUUUUGUUUGUUUGGUUGGGUUUUUUUUUGUUGUUGUUGUUGGGGUUUUUUUUUUGUUUGUUUGGUUUUUUUUUUUUUUUUUUUUUUUUUUUUUUUUUUUUUUUGUUUUGUUUUGUUUUUUUUUUACCUCCUGGAGUGGUUAAACUGGAAAACAGGACCAGAAAUUGCUGUGUCCUGGUUCCUGCUGAAUUUGGACUGUUUCGCUCUGGUAAAUUGUUCCUUGCCUUAUAUAGAGGGAGGAGCUGGUAAAAAUCUGAGUUUUCAUUCUCUGGAGCUGUAAAGAAUUUCCAACUAAACAGCAAGGGUCAGGAAAUUUAGAAUUACUUGUGCUCCACUGUUUUAAAGAAAAGCUGAAAUACCUGGGCUAGGGUUCUGCCGUGCAAAUAUUGCCAAAUUUGGGGUCAGAGGUGCCUAAAAAUACCCUUUUCUGCACCCUUGGUUUUGGAAGCAGGGAGGAUUGGUUAGCAACAAAACUGAAGUGCCUUGCUGGAUUUUACUUCAUUGUUUUAAAAGAAAAAAAGAAAAAAAAAAAAAGAAAAAAAUGGCUUUUUAAUCCUAUAAAUAUUUAAUCCUAUAAAUAUUUCUAGUUCUUUGUAGAACAUGAGACAAGUGCCUGACUUUUUAAAGGAGCUGCCACAAAACCUAGUUAAGAUUCAGGUGAUAUUUAUUGAUUUUUUUUUUUUUUUUUUUUUUUUGUACUUGCACCUUAAAGUAUUUCAGCCAAGAUCUCUCCUUAGAGGUGGAAAAUCCUGCCCAGCCCCACUGGCUGCUCAGAGCAGUGAAAAUUCCCAAUUCCUGCUCCAUCCAAUUAAAAAAUGAUGGAAUGGUUUGGGUGGGAGGUCCCAGCCAUGGGCAGGGAUAUUUCCAAAUUCCAAUAUCCCAGCCUGGCCUUGGGCACUGCCAGGGAUCCAGGGGACAGCCACGUUAAAAAUAACAAUUAAAUAAUUGUACAAGAACGAAUUAAAUGAAUUAUAAUAAUAUAACCUGUGCCAAAAUGAAUUAGGAAUUUUGCAGGGAAAUUUUUUUCCAUCAUCACUUGGAUUCCUCCCAGUGACUCUUUGGUGCCUGCACCUCUUCCUCCAGAAAUGUCUUUAAAAAUCAACCAAAAAAAAAAAAAAAACCAAUAAAAGAAGGUUUUACAAAAAUCUAUUUCACAGCAUUCCUGUGCUGCCUGUUGGUUUCCACUCCCUAUGUGUGCCUUGGGUUUUUGUUUUUUUUUCCCCCUACAUUUACUGUUGGUUAACAUCUGAAAAAAAAAAAAGUUAAAUGAA